AAAAGACGAAAAUGCUUAUUGCAAGGUAUAACAAAGGACUUUACAAACUUGGUGCUAGAGCUUUCAGCACAUCUAUUCAAAGGCAAGCCAAGCAAAGGCAUCAAUUUCUCAUAGUUGGUGGAGGAGCUGGAGGCCUAUCCAUUUCGUCAACUCUUUGUCGAAAAUUUCCCCAUGCUACAGCUAUUAUUGAGCCAUCAGAGGUAAGAUUGAUAAGGGUUAGUUAUUCUUCUUUUGGCAUUUAAAAUAAGUAUUUUUAGUUUGACAAUGUCACCGUGUGCAACAUUAUUCGGCUUUGGACUCCCGUGGCCAUCAUACACAGUCUACAGUCUGGGAUGUUUUCUUGCACCUCAAGAUGAUUUCGAGUCUUUUCACGUGUGUACUUUUUAUUAUUGUCACUUUCUACCUCAUAUUCUCGCGUUCUGUAAACUUUUCGUUAGGGGACAAGAAAGCUGUUGAUGAUGACGAGGUAGAGAAGAGAUUGAGGCCUAGUUUCCUGUAUUCGACUUACGUGUCUUAUUUUGUGCACGCGUGAGGGUUGUCACGCACAGACGUUUUUUGACUUCGCCGAUUUUUAUUAUGAAAUAAUAAUAGCCGAUUUUUCAACGUUUCGUUUGCCUUUUACCUGUUUUUGUCAAAACUGAUAUUGCUAGCCCUCUGAUCCCUCUUAUACUUGAGUUGCGUCAUCUAACCGGCCUCUUGUUUUAGAAACAGAUUAUAAACAGACUGGAAAAAUAUUUUUUGGUAGUCGACUCAAGGUAUAAUUACAUGCUCGAUUUAUUGUAAGCUUAGUGGUAAAUUAAAUCAUUAACGCUGUGACUAAAAAGGUCAUUCCAUAGCACUUGUUAGUUAAUACAGCUGUAAGAAAAUCUGGAGGAAGAUUCUAGUUUUUUACACUGUAUAUUUUAGACUUUAAUUAUACUCUCUCCUUGUGGGACUUUUCAGCGAUAAUGAAACAAAUAGUUUAAAUGAAACAUAACGUAAGGAUAAGAAUUCCAUCUGGUACGAGGUGUGGCCGUGGAUUUGAAGUCGGGACUACCGAACAAAUCUAGCUAUCGGUCAGGGUAGAACUUGAACUCAGGGCCUCCAAUUACAAAUUAAGCUCUCUUACCACUCGGCCAAGCUGCUAUGCACCUGGCUAAUAUACAGCUAUUUCAAGAAAGGUUGUCGAAAAAAGUGCACGCGACAAUCCCGAAAGGUAUUGUGGGUGGUUUUGAGUUUGCUGUUCUUCAAAGAAAUUUGAAAGAAUGGCACAAGAGGGACCACAAGAGACCAUGGACGUAUGUUUGCGCGUGCUAAAGGAAAGCAGGAAAAGAAAUUUUGACAGCUACAGUGUCUGGAACAGUGUAUUGGUCAUAUCUCACAUUACCUUUCGGGAUCGUCGCGUGCACAUUUUUGCCGACAACCUUUCUCGAAAUAGCGGUAUAUGCCCUUAUCAUUAGUGAUCCCAGGUUUGGCGGCAUGGCUCGGGAUGGAGGUGGGUGAUGAUGGAAAACUUUUAGCCCAGGAAGGGGUAUUGAGGCUUUCAUGGAUAUUUCCAACCAAAUCAAAGUUCCAAUGAUCUUUAUUGAUGAAAUGGCAAUCUUACAUAUUAAAGCAACCAUUGCAUUGCCAUUCCAAUUACAUGCACAUUUAAGUUUGACAAUGCAAGAUGAGCGAUGAAGGCCAAGAAGUCUGCCAAUUAAAGUGUGCAAAUAAUGCUGCAGCUUUUUUAUUUUCUCAUUUUCUUUGUCAAUGUCAUGGUAGCCUGAGCUUGCUAGUAGUGUUACCAAACAAAGCAAUUCUUCAUUUGUGAUGAUUUCAUUGAAAAACCAACAAUGUAAUGGAAAGUGCACAACAAUAACAACAUCCCUGGGGUCAACCUCCUUGGAUAACCAUUGUUAUUAUUCAUUCAAAAUAUUUCCCCAAUUCUGAUUGGCUAAAAGAACGCGCAUAAUUCAUCAUAACCAGUUACUGAUGACCAAAUUUGGAAGAAUUUUGUGUUUAACGAGGAAAUGAUGUCAAAAAUGCAGCCUGUUACAAGUUAAGGAACCGUUACCGAGAAGACCUGGGGAUGAGGUUGAGUUGUUUGGGUUGUGAGAAAAAAAUGGCAGACAUUUCACUUGUUUCAAGAGCAAGAACUACGACUGAAACUGCUAUUUAAGUGAGCUCCCUACUACUUUUUAGAACCAUUAUUAUCAACCCCUGUGGACUUUAGUGGGUGGUGGAAUUGAACGCUUGGAGGAUUCUGUUCGGCCUACAGGGAGUCUCAUCCCUCCUGGCUGUACAUGGUAUCAAACAAGUGUUGGAGAAUUCAAGCCGGACCAAAAUCUUGUUGUGACAGCUGAUGGACAGGAGGUACAGAUAGAAUGUAAUUUUUGUUUAUAGAGGCUUGAGCCCAAUGAUUUUUUUGGGAUCUGGAAUUUCCUCGUUUUAAUUUCGGGAUUAGAGAUAUUUUUAAGCAAAAUCAGGGCGAGAUUUGGGAUUGAAAGUAUGCUCGGGAGGUGGGAGGCCAAAAAUAACCCUCAGGAUUACAGGAUUACACAAAGUUUUGGGUCAGGAUUACUUGAUUGAAAAACCUUGUAGGGGACCCUCUUUAUAAUUGUCUUUAAAAUACACUGUACGACCCAUACAAAAUGAGCAGCGCUGUUGCAGUGCUGCAGUCAACGACUUCAAGAAGCACUGCAAAAGAGCUGCAAAAGAGCUGGUCUAGUGCAGUUGCAAAUUUGUACUAAUGUAUUGUUCAAUGCAAGCAUGUUUUUAUAAUAAGAAUUGUUUGAAGUGAAUAAUAAAACAAUUUUUGUAUUAAUUUUGGCCUUUGUUUGAUCUGAGGAAUUAUGCAAAUCUCUGGGGUGUUUUUCAUAUCCAUCUGGGCCAAUAACACCCUCCUCGUUCAGAUCAUCCAAUAAGAAUGUUGCUUAUUAUUCAACUUGUUGUUGUGACAUCCAGUAAGCUUAUCUCAAAGAUUAAUGUGGAUGUACUAUAAUAAUGUCACUUUUGCUAAAUUGUUGCACUGUUUCAUAUUUCAGAUUGCCUAUGAGUUUCUCUUUGUUGCUGUUGGUCUUAAAUUGAGGUUUGACAAGGUACGUCAAAAAUUAUGACCCUCUCGGGACUAGAGUAAAUCCCAGUGAGUACAUUAAUUAGCUCAACAUACUCCCUAACCAUGCAAUUACAAUUUACACUGUAAGGAAGAUUUAGUGUUAUAGACAAGGGAUUCUCCAAAUAGAGGAGUAUAGCAGCAAAGAAAUCAAUGUUGAGCCAUAAACUCUUAAGAUUACUUUUAUUAUGUAGAAUAGAUGAAAAUGGCUUAUUGGCGGUCUUGUCUGAUUUGUUAAUGUAUCUUUGAUUCAAUUCCUUAAUUCAAAUCUUGUUAAAUGAGGAAUAAUAAAGGGAGGAAUAAAGUACUGUACACAAUCAACUCCCUGACCCUGCUUUGUUUGUAGUUUAGUAAUAUUUAAAAAAACGAAACGAAAGCAAACAAAAAACAAUGCAAGAGAAGUAAAAAGAAGCGGAUGAAAGAAAGUGAAAGGGUGAAAGGUAAAAGUCAAAAUUUUACUUUCUGCACAUGCUCAAACUUCACAAGGUUGCAAAGUGCUUGACUUUUAAACAGUCUUUUGGGCAGUUUUGGUUCUUUUUGGCCAGAUAGUGACUAGCAACCAGCUUGACUACAUUUGCUUGUACUAAUUAAGGCCCAGUUCAUAUAAAUGUAUGCCAAACUUUUCAUGUACCAAACCUAAACCCUUCAAUUAAUUGCAUGGAAAGACCAACAUUUGAAUCAAAUUAAGUCUGACAUUUAAUUUCGGUCGACGCAUGAAUUAAGUGUCAGUGACCCACAUGGAAAUUUCGACUGUGGAGCAACACCAAUUUGGGUCGACCCAAGUAGGUAUUGAGUUCAGUACAUGAAUUGAUCGACGUUUGAACUGGGUGUAGGCCUCAAGAAAAUGGUGUUUUUUGGCAAAAUUUCUAAGAGCAAAUGGGCUGCAGCUUAAAUUCCUUGGAAACAGUAAUUGUUUUUGGUUACGGUAUAUUACAGGUUAUCGGGCUGCCACAAGCAUUAGGAACUCCUGGUGUUGGAAGUAACUACUCACACUUAACAGUUAAUGACACAUGGAAGGCCAUACAGAAUUUUAAGGGUGGAAAUGCAAUCUUCACUGUGCCAAAUUCACCCAUUAAAUGUUUGGGUGCUCCACAGAAAAUCAUGUACUUAGCAGAAGCAUACUUCAGAGAAGUAAGAUUUGCUAUUUUGUUUUUUAUCAUCAUUUGUCUUUUCAUUUAUCAUCUAGCUCUAUUAAUUAAUAAACUAUUUACUUACUUUUAAUUGUUAGUAUCUUUGUACACUCUCUCCCUUUAAUGUUUGUCAAUUGUGUGAGCUUUGUAAUUAGUUUUGCAAAUGAAACUGCUUCCCAUCAGUAACUGCACUGUGGUAGUGGUCAAGUCAAAAGCUCUGCUCUUUUGGCCACUGUCCACUCUUCUUCUGUAAUGCUCACUUUUGAAUGAGUGUGAAUAAAAUGAACUUGCACUUGAACUUUCAUUUAAAAUUGAAAACUAAAUAAAUAUACAGAAGAGGAAAAAAUAAUAUCAUUUACAUGAACAAUAAUAAUUGUACAGCGUAUGUUAGCCUGCGAACAACAGACACAUUUCCGGUUGUCGCCUCUCUCCCUCCGAAAAAUAGCUAUUUUUGGAGGGAGAGAAAAAUAGCUAUUUUUCGGAGGGAGAGACCGGAAAUGCGUCUGCUGUUCGCAGGCUAAGUGUACAUAGGACUGCAGGCAGAAUGAACUUGUGAAAAGUGUGUAAGGUACAUGUAUAGUAUUGAUUCACUGUGUGCAGUCUUCUUUCUUUCCUGUAACAAACAUCAAUCCUUUUCUGCCUGUCAUUCAAGAUAAUGAUACAUUUUUUAAGAGACUUAGUUGUCAAUUUAUAGUAUUGUUUUCUUUUUUUCAGAACAAUGUACGUGAUAAAGCAAAUGUCAUGUUCAACACAUCACUGGAGAGAAUAUUUGGUGUGAAGAAAUAUGCUGAUUCAUUGACAAAAAUUGUGGAGGAAAGAGACAUAAAGAUAAACUUCAAGAGAAACUUGAUUGCGAUCAAUUCUGAUACACAGGAAGCUACCUUUGAGAUCUUAGAUGGUUCACAGCCAAAGCGACUGGAAACCUAUGAGGUAGGCUGCCCAGCUGCCAUAAUAUUAAAAUUUAAUUAAUCCUCUGUGCUUAAAAUUGGGUAGAACAUGUAGGUAAAAUUCAAAAGACUUGUUGAUUAACAAGUGCCUGGUAUUAGCAACAAACAGGUCUUGUUGGUACAUUAUGGUGUAUGUGUUGAAGGUGAAAUGAAUUUGAGUUCAAAUCAGUAUUUUACCCAGUUUGAUUCAGAAUUUCCUCUUGGUUUCCAGCCUUAAUUAUUCGCAGGAGUCCGAGACAGAUAAAAAUUAAAUUCUGUUUUCUCCUGAUAACAAACUUUUAUAGCUACAUUUGCAGCUGUGUAACAUAGUUAUAGUCUUUUGUAUACAAGUAGAGUAGCUGGCAAAGUAAGGACACUGUUGAGUUAACUUCUUAAUAUGAACAAAGAAUUUUUUUUAAUAUUAAAUACAUUUACAUGAAUUUAACCCGUUAAGCCCCAAUAUCUACCGACAAAUUCUCCAAACUAAUCCCCAUACUUUUCCUCAAAGAAUCAGUUGAGAGAAUUUUGCUCAAAGAUCAAAGCAUGAAUUUCUUUAUGUGAUCAUUUUCUUAAUUCUCAUAAAUGUUUCUUUAUGUAUUGAUAUUGUUGGGAGAGAAUUGAAGUUGGUCACUCUUGGGACUUGAUAGUUGUGAGUUUAAUAGAUGUAGUUGUCUUUUUUUUCUCUCUUUGGGGGGGAGUAAGAACAGUGAAAUACCAAAUUUUUAAUACAGUUGAACCUCCGCUAACUCCCACCUCUUUAUAACGGCCACUUUUUUUCAUCCCUAAGCGGACAAAAAAUCCUUACAUUGACUCUUGUUUAAAACCUUUCUACUACGGCCACUUUCUUCUGUCCCCAAGGUGGCCAUUGUAGAGAGGUUCAACUGUAAUGCAAUUAUUUAAUGAGUGUUUGAAGCUCAUAAUCAGCGGCUGUGAUAAACAAACACUACGGUAAGUCUACUGACAGGGAAUAGUUUUGCGUUCAAGGAUUGAAUUAUUCAUAAAAUUGUUGUGAACCUAAUAAAUAAUAUAGCUUACAGCUGUAGUUAGACUGUUUAAGGAAUGAGUAUAAUGUAUGUGAUGAUUGUAGAAUAACAUGUAUGUUUCGAUGCGUUGCAGUAUGACAUGAUUCAUGUGACACCUCCCAUGGGACCACCAGAUUGCCUAGUUGGAAGCCCCAUCUCAGAUGAGACUGGAUUUGUUGAUGUUGACAAGAUUACAAUGAGACACAAAAAAUAUUCCAACAUAUUUGCCAUUGGUGACUGUGCUAAUUCACCCAAUGGUAAAACUGCUGCUGCUGUGGCUGGACAGACUGGUGUAAUCAAGGCAAACGUGAUGGCAUUAAUUGAGGGACGAGCUAUGCCCGCUCAGGUAUAAUAUUUAUUUUGCUUACACUACCCAGAAAGAUGCACACACAGAGUAGAUAGAUAGAUGUAGAUUGAUACUGAGUAGAUACAUGUAGAUAGGUCAGCAAGGACCUCAAAGCCAGGUUAUUGCAAACCUACUGUAAGAUACAUGAUGUAAUAUAAAGACCGCACUUACAAAGUUACAAAACCCACUAUCAACCUCCAAACCAACUAAGUAUGACGCCACCAGAUAUUAUUAAACCCAAAACCACUUUGUGGAAUAAAGGGAACGUAUACCCUGCCUGCUUAUUCAGAAGUGGUGCCGACAACUCAGAGGUAGAGGUGCAUGGAAACUAACAACUGCUAAAUGCCUACAAACAAAUAUAACAAGUAAAUAAAAUAAAAUUUUGGAGCUUGAAUGAAUGCUGACUAGACUUAUUCCAAUUUGCAACAAACAACCAAACAUAUCUUGGGAAAAGCUGCCCAUCCUCCCAGCCGAACCAGUCCUCUGGUUUGUGCUAGCAAAAAAGCUGUUUCUGGCUGUUCCGUGAUACUUCACUGUCAGAAAUAUCAUGAUAGACAGUUGAAGGCAGUUACUUGAGUUUCUGGUGUAUUUUGUUAUAAUCAUGGAUCCAAGUAACUAUUUUUGAAUGUGUGUUUUCUCUGCAUGUACCAGUAUUUGAAUGGAACACUCACAAAUCUAAUUACUUGAUUAAACAAUAUAUUUACUUGACUGUAUAUUUAUCCCUGGGGCUCAGUCAAUCGUAAGGUGAUUCACAGAUUGAACUGCAUUAUUAAAUCUCCUACUCUACACUGUAAGUUUGUUGUUGGCAUCAUGUACUCAGAUGUCUUGCACGCCACAGAAUUUAAAUCUAGUUAUACAUUGUAAAUAUUCAACAAUUUAGCUGAAGGAAUUAUUAAUUUUUUUCAACCACAGUAUGAUGGAUACACAUCAUGUCCGCUUGUCACUGGUUACAAUAAACUAAUUCUUGCUGAAUUUGACUACAAUGGCAACCCUUUGGAAACAUUUCCCUUUGAUCAGUCAAAGGUAAGUGUGAACAGUACGUGGCAAUGCAACAAAGUUAAGAGUUGCGAAGUUGGCUUUAAUAGGGGGUUGAGGGGGUGGGGCAGAACAUCUGUGACCUGCAAUCGGCAACAAAAUUGUUGAGACAUUGUUUCAAAUAGAGUAACUACAGAGACAACAAAAGAAUCCACACCCCUCCCCCCUCUUCUUCAUUCAAGGUUGGGGUGUUUGUUGUUUUCUAUAGGUAGCUUGAACAGUGGCACUACAUUGCGUGGAGGGGAUGGGGGAGGAAAAGCCUUAUUUUCUGCUCUGCAAGUCAGUAAAGUGUCAGAAAGCCCCUUUAGGGCAUAGUGUCUCAACUAAUUUUGUCGCGGAUUGUGGUUCUGGUACAGCACCUUCUUUUUGGAAUUCUGCCUGUAUUUUGGACUCCUAGAGCCUUCCUUUGUAAGUUACUUGUACUUCUAAAGGCUUCUAAACCCAUGUUUAUGAUGUACAUGUACAGAAAAGCAAGGGAAUACAUUUAAUUUGUUUCAUUCAAAUUAUUAAGCCACUUGUUCACUGCCUUGGAGGUCUAGCUGACAAUAAAUUAUGCAAGGCAAAUAACAUUGCAGGCCUCAUUAUCUACCUUAUUGUAAUUAUUAGUCUCCUGAUUCUUACAGUCAUGAGAAAUUGAUUAAAGAGACCAUAAACACACAAAUGCAAAUUUGGUAUAUUUUUUCCUUUUUUUCCAGGAGAGAUACACAAUGUAUUACAUGAAAAAAGAUAUUCUCCCUGAAGUCUACUGGAAUGGAUUAGUCAGGUAGGCAGUGCCAUCCAAAAAGCUUGACCCCAGUGCUAAACAAAAUAGUUGCUUUUGUGAUUGAAAUAGUGUACAGUGUAUGAAGUAAAAUAGUGGAGCAGUCAUUGUAGUUCACUGCCCUUUCAGUAGGCUCAAGCGAAUAAGUUGAAUUUGAUUACAAUAAUGCCUACAGAACACAUUAAUGUUAUGUUUUAAAUGUUUUCGUUUUCUAAUUAAAGUCAAGUUGAAAUAGAUGUACAUCUCCUUGUCUAAAAACUCUUUUCUUGGUUCUGGUUUCUAUUUCAGGGGCCUGUGGCCAGGUGUAUCACCACUAAGAAGAACUCUUCAUUUGGGAAUGAGAGGAUAAUUCUUUACUUGCACCCUGCACUGGAUGGAAUUGAUCUAUGAUAAAGAACUUGGUCUAUCAAGGAGCCCGUGUAUUGUUAGCACUGAUCAAAAAUUUAAAAAAAGCACAAGACAAGUCAAGCAAGAUGCAAGAUCAUUGUUCCACAUUUUAGUGGGGCAGAGGACAUUUUUGCAUUGUGUCAGUCACUUGUGUCUUGUUCUCAUAAUAAUAUUUUCCCAUAAUAUAUUUCUUGUAUAGGCUAGUAAGUUAUUUGUGAAUGGUCAGAGUAUUGAUUUAACUUUGUGCGACUUAAUUUUAACCUGCUGAAUGAAAACUUGCUAAAUUAAAGUUCCAAAUGGUGUGAUUUUAAUGCAUUUGAUGAUAAAGUUAUAUUGAGUGUGAUUAUUAAUUUUUUUGAAAACACUCAUCUGUAGAGAGCCUUUAGUAGUGUAAAAUAGCUACAGUCAUGUAAAGCAUAAAAGUGGCAACCAAAAAAUUGGAUUGUGCUUUAAUGUACUAGCAUAAAAACGGACCAGUAUAAAUUUACUGAAUUAAUGAUUAAAUAAUUUUCUAUUUUUAAAAUAAUGUAUGUAGCUUAAAUUUUUUUUAAAGUACUUACACGCUGUAUAUUUGUAGUUUAUAGUUAGUAUGGGAAUUAAUGCAUUUCUCACAACUUAAUAGAUUAUUUAGUAUAGUCAUCAUAAAGUAACAAUGGCUAAUCUUUGUAAGGGAAUUAGUUUACAUUAACCUUCAGAAGCUGCUACAGCAUUUGUUUUUCUUAAUAGUAUACAGGGGAGCUGAGUAUUUUUUAAAAGCCUCUUGUCCUCAUAGAUCUGAUUCUUAGACAUUAUUAUUUGUCACUAAGAGCAUUUCCGCCUUUGCAACAGACAUUCCUUGUAAGUAGGACAAAAUUUAGUUAGCUAGUAGUUUAAGCAGACUAUUAUUGCCAGUGCAACUUGAAUUAGCACGAUUGCACUGCAGCUACCAAACCCUUGCCAUUCUCUGUGUUUUGGACGUCACCUUAAAUUAUUAACAUUAUUUAGAAUAACUGUGAAACUCACAAAACCGUGAUCACCAGAAAUAUUUAUGUAAUGUUAUUGUGUUGCAAGAAAUAAGCCAAUAAGGUGCAAGAUACAGAAAUGGUAAUUAGUUUGUGAAUUUGAGGUUUGCUUGUGUAUUGUGAACUUUAUUGUGAUUGGCCAGUACACAAUC